GCCUGAGGCAGGAGCUUCGGCAGACUCGCGAACGCACCCAGACGAUGGUGCAAUCCUGCCGCGACCACCUAACGGCCCGGCUGCGGGACAGAUCCCUUCCUGACCAGGAGAGGAGGGAAGCUGAGCUGCAGUGGGUGGCCUUCUCUUCCUGCCUGGAGCUCUUUCACGCAGACAUGUGCAAGGUCUACCACAUGGGCAACACUUUCUCCGUGGCAAACUACAGUUACAUGGUGUGGACAGGUAUGCAGGCUGAUUGCCUAUGUGCAGGAGGCACAAGCGAAAUAGCAGCCCGCGCCCUGAGCUUGCCUGAACUGCAGGAGGAUGCCGGCGAGGAGGACCUGGAGCAGACUCAGCUGGAGGAGGACAUAGCGCACGUGGACCGCACCUUGCAGGACAUGGAGCAGAAGGUGAAUGUGCUGCACUGGACGGUGGAGGCGCAGGGGCCUCUCUACGCCGAACCGCUCAGCAGUGACAGCACCUCGUCUGCGCUCCUGUCCGUGGACGAGGAGGCACCCGGGGGUCUCUGCAACCACACCCACCUGUCCGCAGUGCUGUUGCUGUGUGGUGUGGCCGCCAUGGCCGUGGCGCUGUCGGUGAGCGUGGCGCUCCUGGCCUGAGGUGUGGAUGGGGUUGGCCGUUCAAGCGCAUUGCCUGCCAGAGAAGUGUUUUGUUUGUUGUCUUCUCAAAAGUGAUCAGCCAAUUAAAUGAUCCUGCAAGCAAAUGAUUGAUCACAGCAGGUUACAAGGCAAAAAAUGAGUUGGUUUGAGGGACUAGAAAACAUACACAGAACACACUGCUGUAAUAAAGAUACAACGUAGUGGCGUUUUGUCUAGGGGGGGGCUGUACUGUAAAUAACAGUACACAAGAGAUUUAUUUUUCAGUGAACCUUUUUCAAAAGCUGUGCAGAAAGCAUUUCAAGAGAGCUAUCAAAUGUGGAACCACUCACUGAUGGACCUGAGUGUGGCUCAUCUUAUGCAGUGGUGUAAAACAGCUUAAAAUGACUUACUACAGGAAAAAAGUGGAUUCCGUUUUGGUCUCACUGUCUGUUGUUAUUUACUUCCAUUGCAGUGUAGAAUUCAUAUCCCACAAAAAGUACAUCAACACACUCCCUGUGAACCAUGUAACUGCUUCACACCAUUCUGUGUUUUUUCCACUAGUGAAGGAAGCACACAAAUCUGAGAGCUACCAAGAACACUGGCCAUUUCAUCUCAAAGAUUUCUACAGCAUGAGAAGCUGGUUAAUAGCAGAUAAUAAUGGUCUUUGUUUAUCCUUUAAAGCUUGAUAGAAAGCACGGUCAACCUUCAUAGCUUUAAGCAUUUCUAUGUCCAUAAUUAAAAUAGUGCUACUCACUGGUAAGUUCAAAUGUAUACAGUUUAAUGGGUAAAGCAAUUAAUGCUUAUUCUGUUCACUAAUUGAAGGUAAACAUAGAAGCCAAAGCUAAUAUAGUUAUCCGUUAAGAUGAUUGUGGACUUUUAUGGACUUGUUUAACUAUGUAAUCAAACAGCAUUAAGUAGGCUAUCAAGGAUUUGUUAAUCUUGUACAAUGGAGUAAAGCAAUUAGUUUUUUUUUCAGGCAACACUUACUGGAGGCUCCAUUAGUAUGCUUAUAAUAUAUUUUACUGCCUGUAUUGUAUUAAAAUAAAUACCUAGUAUUUA